AUGACCAUAAGCAAUUGUUCUUCUGGAGGUUUUAAUGGUGCAAAUAAUCUCAAACCCGAAUACUUCGAUGCAUUUGCCAAGUACCUGACUGAUGUUGUUGAUUGGUAUAGCAAACAAGGAAUUACUUUCAGAAGUUUAGAGCCAUUUAAUGAACCUUUAGGUCAUUGGGGUGAAAAAGCCGUAGAUGCAUAUAUAUCCAAUCAAGAAGUUCUUACCAUAGAGUGCUUUGAUGAUGAAGCUAAAUCAUAUAUCAGUCAGUUUAAUACUCAUGCUUAUGGAGGAGAUCAAAAAUCAGAGCUCUUAAAUAUUUCAAAACUAGAUGAUAAGAAACUUUGGAUGAGCGAAGUUGGAUUAACAGUAUCAAGAGUACCAAAUGAUAUGUCUACAAGCAUUAUUCUUUCUGAAAAAAUUCUAAACGAUAUGAGGAUUCUAAAGCCAAAUGCAUGGGUUUAUUGGCAAGCACAAUAUGACCAUGACUGGGGUUUAAUUGGUACAGAUUUUCGUAAUUCAACUUCUCAAUUCAAUAUACGUCUAGCAUUCUAUGGAUAUGCUCAAUACACCAAGUUCAUUCGCCCAGAAUAUCGAAUUAUUUAUUCCAAUGACAAUGAUACACUUUCUGCAUAUCAUGCUAGCAGCAAGACACUUGUUAUAGUUUGCACAAAUAAGAAUAAUGUAUCUGAAGUUUGGAGUCUUGAUGUCUCUAUGUUCAAAGUUGGUAAAUUUACCGCUUUCCGUACAUCCAGCAACAAUGAAACACUCACUGAAUUACCAAAACAAUGGAACAUCACUAAUGGCACCCUAACCCAUUUAAGUCCAGCCUAUUCUAUAACCACUUGGGUUUUUUCCUCAACCACUAUCAAAAAUCACUCUGCAGAUGGGCUGGAAACAUAUUUGUGA